UUGUACACAAUAUAUCCCACAUGUUUUCUUGCUGUCGCUUUAAACGGAAUUGUAUUUCUUUUAAAAAAAAUGCCGAUGUCAGCGGUCGCCCACGUUCUCGUGCCCUUCCUGUUUUGCAUAGCGCUUGCAAACACUCACAUUUUCGACAAAGUUUUGGUGGAUGUCACUUAUGAUCACUAUGCGGAGAAGAAAGUAGACGACCUCCCUGCCUUCUUGGCCAUGCCGUUUAACUGUCUGAUAAAUUUAGGAUACAUAUUAUUGGGAAUCUAUUGGAUCUUGCAACGGAUGUCAGACGGUAAAAACAGCAGUGGAGCCGCUUACACCAAAGACGUGUUUGCGCUCAUGGCAGUCGCAUAUGGACCGGUGCAGUGGGUCCGCUUGGCCACCCUACGGCGCGCGCCCUCCGUUUUGGACCAGUGGUUCACUUUACCUAUUUUUGCGUGGGUGCUGGUGUGGUGUAAUGUCAUUGACCAAGGCUGGUCAUCUCGUUACGCUUUAAUGGUCGAAUCGUGCUCUAUCCUCAGCUAUGGCCUGGCGCUCUUUCACGACCGAGGGUUUGAGGUAGCUCUGGGUUUUCACGUCUCCUGCGCCGUGUUCAAAGGCGUCCGAGCGCAGAUGAGCCACGGAGACACGCAGUCCAUGCGCUACCUGUGGUUGGCGGUGCUGUCCUGCGCUGGUUUCGUGGUUCUGAAGCUUCUGGAUCAUUCUCUUGCAGAGUACUGGGUGUUUCAAAAUCUCACUGGACAUUUCUUGUCCAAAGUUUGCGACAUUCUGCAGUUUCAUUACAGUUUUUGUUUUCUCACUCGCCUUAGUGAAAAUGCACACAAACGCUCUUCAUAAAUGCUCAUACAUGUCAUUUAAUAAGUAGGCCUAGUACGUAGGCCUACUGUGUGAACACAAUACAACCGAAUAAUAAGACAAUGAACAUAAUAUGCUAUAUUUUGUAUUAUUUGUCAGUAACAUUAUGUCACACUGACAGCUUAGGCUACAGAUUGUACAAAUAUGUCUAAUGAUUUUAAUGAGAUCAACGAGUUUGUAAAUACACACUGAUCUGAUGA